AUGAAAAUCAUAACCGUGGCAGAAGACUCCGCAGAUAACGAUAAUUCAAUCAUCACGUUAAUCCCUCAAAAUAAAGAUGAUCUUUUUACGAUUUAUCAAAUAAUAGACAAAGAGGAUGAAGUCAUAUUUAAAAAAUUAUUCACGACUAAAAGGGACGAAAUAAUAAGAAAAACAAUUACCGAUUAUGUGGCUGUAAGAUUAAGAAUAUUAUCUCAUGAAUUUGAUAUAAAGGAGGAAUAUCUGCGCUAUAAGGGAAUAACGGUCACUGACGGUACGAACAUAUCUAGCGCAAAUGUCCCUUUAGGCAAGUUUCUGAGCUUUAACAUAACUUAUGAACAUCAGUUUACUAUUUUCAAGCGCCACUUUAAUAAAUAUGCCAGGAAGCUCUUGAAAGAGGCACUCGACUCAGAAAUGAAAUCAGACACUGCUGCGGUGGUUCUGCAAGAAGGAAUUUCUCACAUUUGCUUAUUAACAACUUCUUCAACUAUUUUAAAGCAAAAAAUUGAAGUUUCGAUACCAAAAAAGAAAGAUACAGUUGAUAUAAGUAAACUGGAUGAGAAGACUGAAGCAUUUUAUAGAAGAACUUAUGACGCAGUGGUGAAAAAUUUCAAUUUUGAUGAACUAAGAGUAAUAAUACUGUGCUCUCCUGGAUUUUAUGCGAAGACAUUGAUGGAAAAAAUCCUGAAAUAUGCAGAGAAAGAUCAAAAUAAUUCAGUUUUGCAGAACCAAGAAAUGUUUGUUAUUGCCCAUUGUUCUACAGGAUAUAUACAGGGGAUCAAUGAAGUUUUAAGAGAUCCUGAAUAUUCUAAGAUAUUGCAAAAUACUAAGUACUUGAAAGAAAUCCAUAUCAUGGACGAGUUCCUUGAGCAUUUGAACAAAGAUGAUGAUAGGGCAUGGUAUGGUGUAGAGGAAACCGAAAGGGCUGCAAAAUUGGGUGCGAUAGAAACACUACUUAUUACAGAUAGUGUACUAAAAAGUGACGAUGUUAAAAAGCGUGAAAAAUACCUCGACCUAAUUGAGAAUAUCGAACAAAAUAAUGGCGAAGUAUUCGUAUUCAGUACUUUGCAAAGUCACGGUAAAGAACUUGAGACAUUAACGGGUUUAGCCUGUAUCUUAAAAUAUCCUAUCCACAACCUUGAUGAAAUUUUCCAGGUUAACUAA